AUGUCAUCGAUCAUGCAUAUACAUCGCAGCCUGCACAGCACAAAUUUCGCACAAAAACACGUUUCUCGUCACGAUUCGAUUUGGCUCAUCAGCUAUUUGUCAUCAACCGAUCAAAUUAGUUCUGCAAGCUGUCAUUCAAGGUUCAUCUUCAUCGACUGUUUAUCUGCGGGCGAGUCUUAGAAGCUGUGUGAUCAGGUCCGUGCUGAAGCUGACCCCAGCCCCACUGAGGCAUGCACCGGAGCCGUCCCCUGCCCCAUCGACGCGUGCCGUGACUGCAGCUGUAUUGCUUCCCGUACUGCAUAGGAAUUUUAAUGAGUCUGGGAGUUUUCGCCAUCAGUACACACGCACGGGCAAAAAACAAGCGUGCCAGUCAGCAGUGGAUGAUUCUGCUACUUAAGCUCCCCACCGGUACAUGUACGAAAUCAAAAAGACGGAGCACGGGACAUGAAUAUUGUUCUAUGCUGCAGGAGUCUUUGAGUGCGGACUGCGUGUGUGAUGUAUCUGACAGGACAGUUGACAGACUUUUUGAUUUGGAAGGACUGCACAUGUACCGGUAUGUGUUUGUUCCAUUGGCUUUGCACACAUCACUGGUCUUUCAGCUGCUUUUACUCAUAGAUUAUAAAUUACUUACGUGCAUAGUUGUCAACUGAAUUAUGGAUCAUUUUGCCGCAGCUUCGGAGAACUUCAGAUCAUUCGCUCCAUUGCACACUGUGGACGUGCACAUCGGCACCCUCGAAGGACGGUGAAGUGCUUUUUCCCGGAAAAAAAAGGCACAACAUAAUUGCUUUGACCGAGGUGAGAGCACCUCUUGUGCCAAGUCUGAAAUCUAUCUCCUGGCAUUUGAUAGCUGAAUUGUUUGGUGUUGAGUCAAGAAGGUCUGCUGGUGUGAUUUCCGUGUUUUUCGGAUGGACAGCGUACACAUGCCCAACUAGGCAAUUCAUGGCUGUGAGGAGCAUGUAGGAACUAGACGUUUAUCACUGUAACUAAAAUAUGGGCAGCACUUGCUCUUCUUCACAGAGUGUCAACGGCGAAACCUCCAACAAAAACAUGGGUAACCGCCGCAGUAGCCACUCCUCCAAUGAAGACAAGGACAAGGAGAAGGAGAGAGAUCACCGAAGCAGCAGCAAUGCUUCGGCCAAGACCUCCGUCCAAGCCCAGCAAGAGAAGAGACCUUCCAACCCACCCUUGGCCCCUCCCCAGCCAGCCGAGAGCCCGCCGUCACCCCAAGCGCCCACCCCUGGCACCGCCCAUAAGACCACCCCCCAGAUGUCGCCAGCCAUGGCUAAGCCAGCCGGCAAGUCCGGGGCAGGCUCGUCCCUUCCCGACCUGGACUGCUACAGCGAGGACGUGAAGAACAUGCUGCUUGGCAAAGUGGCAUUGGUCAAAUGCAAGCCACAGGCUAAGAUGGUGAGGGUGUACAUCAGUGCUGCCUCCGGAGACUCAGAGGUGGAGAGGAACGCCCUGAUGGAGCGUGUCUACCCCAAGCUGCGGGACCACUGUGCCCUCAGUGGCUACGAGUUUGAAGCCAUUGAUCUCUUUUGGGGAUUGUGGGAUAGCCGGCUGAAAGACGAGCGAUUCCUGGACCAGUGCCUGCACGAGAUCAAGUAUUGUCAGGCUGCCUCCACCGGACCAAACUUCAUGUCUCUUCUCAAUAUGAAGUACGAGCGCUGCAAGACACCCAUCCGUGUCUUGGCCUCAGCCUUUGACCGUCUCCUCAAGAAGGUAGAAGAAGAUGAGGACAGAGCCCUGCUGACCAAGCACUACCUGCUGGAUUCCAACUCGGUGCCACCGGUCUACCUGUUCCAGGGUAAGGCAUCGGAGGAUGAAGCGGAGAAGAUCUGCGAGAUCUUGAGAAUUUGCUGGGGGAAGGAAGAGAAGGAACGUUACAUGGCUUCAGUUUCAGAAACGGAGAUCGACGAGGGCGUCUUCUCACCGACCAGCGUCAGUGAUGCCGUCAUCUGGCUUCACCGUCGCUUCACCCGCAUCGACCCCAAUGACGACACGGCUAGCAUCUACCUGGACCUGUUGCCGGGCAACAAAGAGGCGGACACCCACUCCCACGAGCAGCUGGCCCAGCUGACCAAGAGGAUGGCCACUAAGGUCAACGAGGGGAACUUCGUCAAGUUUGACAUCCCCUGGAGUCCCAAGGGGCUGGAUCCCGACGGGAUCUCCACCCACGCCAAGUACAUCGACGACAUCUGCAACAAGACGCAGCAGAUGUUGACGGAGCUGAUCGACCGAGCGGUGGCCGAGAGGUUGGAGGAGGACGUCAUUACAAAAAAGACUCACCGUAGGCUUCAUCUAGAGCUGCAGCAGCACACAGCGCUGUGUCAGCGACACUGCGACACAUUCCAUGGCCAGACGGACCUCCUGAACCGGAUCCGGGAUUACCUCGGAGGGGAGGCCAAGUCGCCCCUGAUCUUGCACGGCGCCCCGGGGUCAGGCAAGACGGCGCUGGCGUCCAUGGCAGUCAAGCUGUGCAGCCAGGUGUCGCCGCUCAGUGCCUGCGUGGUGCGAUUUGUGGGAGCCACCCCAGAAUCUUCCACCCCCAACCAGCUCCUCCGCAGCACCUGUGAGCAGAUUGCCUACUUGUAUGGGGAGCAUAUCUCCAUAGCCUCAAGGGGUGCAAACCGGUUGAGCAAGGACCUUCCCACGCUCCUGAAGCGCGUGACAGAGCACCGGCCUCUAGUGGUGGUGCUGGAUGGCAUUGACCAGUUCGCGUCCUCGGGCGACACCACUGCUGCAUUUAACUGGAUCCCAGACACGUUGCCGAGCAACGUGAAGAUGAUUCUAACAACGAGGGGCAAGAACUUUGAGGGGUUUACGCAUCUCAAGAAUUUACUGCGGGAUAGUGCAAACUUUGUGGAGGUUCCGCAGCUCUCUGGAGCCGAUUCGACCAAAAUGGUUGAUAGCCUUCUGAAGGCCCAUGGACGAACAUUAUGUAAAGCCCAAGCCAAGGUCCUACGGGACGCUGUCGCUGGGUGUCCAAUCCCACUUUAUGCGAAGCUGGCUUGCCAUGUCGCUUGCACUUGGCAUAGCUAUGACGAGAGCAGCUCCACCAAAAUAGAGAAGGAUACUGGUGCGCAAAUGAGUGCCAUCUUGGACAGGUUGGAAAGGAGGUACGGCAAGGUAGCAGUCGGUCACUCGUUGGGGUACUUGUGCUUGGCACGGGAUGGCGUCUCUGAUGCCGAGAUGAACGACCUGCUGUCGUGUGACGAUGCUGUGCUUGAUGAUAUCUACCCCAACAAAAGACCUGUGCUACGCCGGGCACCCACAUACUUGUGGAUUGCCAUCUGCCAGGAACUGGCUCCGUUUCUCCUGGAUUGCGUUGUGGAUGAGCGCUGUUUGAGAACUUGGGCCCAUGUUGGCUUGCGGGAGCUUGCCAGCAAACGCUACCUGCCAGGUACUCAGAAUAGGACACAGUUGCAUAAGAACUUUGUGGACUAUUACCAGGGACGCUGGGCUAAGAGCAAGAAGAAACCAUUUGUCAAGGAGGGUGGCAUUGAAGUCCUGAUGGACCGCUAUGUUCUACCCCAGCCAGCCAACUAUGGUAGCUAUCCAAACCGGCGGCGCUAUCAUGAACUAGUCUACCAUGCGCUGAACAGCGGCGAGAAAAAAUUUGCUGACAAGUACAUUUGGGAUGUGGAUUGGCUGCGACAUAAGUUGGAACACUGCGACAUCUAUCGUGUAAUGGAAGACGUCACGUUAGCGCAGAGCAAAGACCCUAAUAACUUAGACCUGCAACUGCUCCUGGAAUUCCUUCAAGUUGCAGCCUACUCGCUCUCCACAGACGGCACACAGCUGUUCUGCCAACUCAAGCAGCGACUUAGUGGGGGAGCCCUAGAAAAAAAGGGCUCCAGCCAUCCCAAAAUGCAACAGUUGUUUAAGCAAGCCGCCAAACCUCCAGUGUGCAAUUUUUUCCCAUCGCGGGACUGUUUACGCAAACUAGAUGCCAAAUCGCCAGAGGAACCCACUCCCACACCCAAGCCCAUGCUCACAGGGUUAUUCCGGGUACCUGCUAGCAACACAUACAUGGUCUCUGUUGCGUCAGAGGAAGGUGAAGUCAGGGUUUGGAACAUAACCACGCAGAAAUGUGUUCGAACAUUACGCAACCUCUCGUGCCCCCGCGACGUGCGGUUCAUUGACAGCCAUCGCGUGGUCAUCCUCUGCAAUCGGGAACUCCUUAUCUUCAACCUUGACACGGGUAGCUUUGAAACCAAACUGAAGGGCAUGAUGAACCAGAAGAUGCCAUACUACGCCAUGAGUGACACCGAGCACGUGGUGGCGCUCUCGCGCAACCGCAUGUACGUCAACAUGAUCAACGUGACCAGCGGCGACGUGGUGUCGACGUUCAAAGUCGGGGAGGACCGGUUUCUCAACAGUCUGCUGGUGAGCGCCAACGGUCACCGUUGCGUGUGCGGGGACGACACACAGAAACCAAGCCCUCUGCUAGUCUGGGACCUGUCAGCUAGGAAGCUAGUCCAUGAUUUCAGAAUCAGCCAGCAUGAGUUUGUCACUCGCAUGGCUGCCAUUUCCAAUGAUGGUCACUACGUGGUCUCAGUUAUCAAGGAGCUGGAUGAUCCCAGCCGCAACUUCAUCAUCGUGUACGACCUCCAGAGCGGUCAACAGUUCAAGAAGUGGAAGCCUCUUUCCAACACGACCUGCGUGGCCAUCUCGUCCGAGGGUCAGUGUGUGGUGAACGGCUGCGAAGACUGUUCCCUCCUGCUCUGGGAUCUGUCCUCUGGUUCACUCAAGUACACACUGCAAGGCCACACCCAUCCCGUAGACAGCAUCUACUUAAGUGAGGACGGCAAGAGAUGUCUCAGCAAUGACUCAACACAGAUGGACCGAAGCCUGCGCAUGUGGGACCUUCAGCAAGGUGUAAGUAUCGCAACGUUCACCCCGGACCAGCCCAUCAGCUGCUGUCAGAUAUCAGCCACUGGUGACUGUGCCGUGAUUGGUGUACCUGGCCAAAGAGCCAUCAUCACCCUCUGGCUACGCUCAAAGGAUUUGGACACCUCCAGAGAGGACAAGAAACCCUACGGUGACGCCUCACGAGCAGGCAACGAGUACGACAUGAGUAAUGAAGUCUAAAAGGAAAAAAAAAUCACCAGUUUUGUCGUUCUUAGAACCCAUGGUCGUAGUGAUUGAUUGUUUACGUGUAUAAUUCUCUGUGGGCUUGAACCAACAAAAUUGGGCCCUCUAGUCUUAAUGUCCUUUUUCUAGACCUACAUGUACAUGUAGUUACACUGUGCUGUCAAAAGCUUUUUGGAUGUUUUUUGAAACGUCUAGUAAUUUAUUUCACAGAGAGAUGUAAAUUAAUGUAAUAAUUGUCUCAGUGGCUGAGUGGACGCUUAUCAGCCCUCUUCAUGCCUGGGAAUUAUACUUUUCUCCUUCUGGAGUGAUUUCUGCGUGACUCAUUUCUUGAUUGGUGAAACCAGCACUGCCACUCGCCGACUGUAGUGUGGACUCCAACAAUCUUCUCCAUGUGAGGGUACCACCAGGGUCAUCUGAGAGGGUCAUCUGAGAGGGUCAUCUGAGAGGGUCAUCUGAGAGGGUCAUCUGAGAGGGAGUACUUCUUCUAUUUCCCUGUCCACAGAAAGCUUGAGGAGCCGGCGAGUUCUUAUUCCUUUGUGUUUUGGUUUCACAGAGUGAAAGGGUCCUAGGAAUAAAAAGAAGCUGGUUCUCCCCAAAACUGGGGCCGAGUGGGCAUGAGGGAAAAGCACAGGUGAUGCACAGCAACCAUGCAGCAAUACUCAUCAGGCAUAUGGGUAACAAAAGUCAAAGUAGGGGCAUUCUCAACUAGACAGUUCAGUAAAAUAGCAAUCAGCAGUGAAAUAAAAAAAACUUGUGACAGGCAUUGUCUUAACGAUGUACUUUCAUCUACUUGAAUGGAAUUUUUAUCUGAAUUUGUGUGCUAGACAUAAAUAUGACUUUUUUGGUCAGCUUUUAAGCAUGGCUUUAAUCCACAUGCUACAGUACAUAAAGUAUUGUAUUUGCAAGAAUAAGUAUUAGUACAUGGUAUAUCAUUGUGUAAAUACAUAGAUAUUUAUCAUUUGCAGGUAUCUAGGUAGGCUUUGUUUUUUCCUCUUUUGUGGUUUUUAAGCAAAUGUUAUUUCUGUAUUAUACUUAGUUGCUGCCAUGAUGCCGAAUUUGUAAAUAUUGUUCAAGGGUGGGUGUGUGCGUGUGUGUGGAGUUUAUUGACUAUUGCUCGCAAGGCCGUAUUUCUUUGUCGGUUUUCAUUUCUUCUUGGUGUUAACUUUGACAAUGUUAUUCAGAACAGCAAAAAUCAGGACAUGAUUUUCAUUCAGUACAGUACUGUGUGGACAGAGAUGCCAUACGUACAUGUAGCUGCCAUUGGUCUGGCAUCCUAGUAUUCAUUGUGCAGUUGGAUCUUGCAAUCCAAAAAGCGCCCGUCUGUUGUAAUUGUGAUACAGGAAAUGUCAAUUUUAAAUUAACCUCGGGAGCUGUGCAGAUUUUGCCGCCGCUCGUAAGUGAUUUUUUCCUUCACAUUUGUAUUCAUCUCUUUUGUACCUUUCCAUUUUUCUCUGCGCAUGAACAAAAGAGGGCACUCUGUAAAACCCACUGAUCUCUAGACACUGGAUAGGCAGCUCUGCUCUGCGAAUUGAAGCGACUGCUCGGCCGUCUUAGGCUAUUCAAUGCAAUAGCAGUCUCUAAGUCACUGGCUUUAGCGCUUUGCAUGAAUGCACUUAUUGAAUGGACUGAAGCUGGAGGCCAUUGUAUUGAAUAUCCUAAGAUGGCCGCGCGGUCACUUGAAUUGACAAAUAGGCAGUUACUGCUGAUCUGCCUAUCCAGUGUAUAGAAUUCAGUGCUAAAACCUAGGCAAGUUGGCAUGACAGCCAUAGCUAACCAUCCUUGGACUGACAUCACCCAAGUGAUGGAUGGUUUUAGAACCAGGCCCUGGACCAUGGUCGCACUGCUGGUUAUCAGUAGCCAAUGUCAUUUGACAGUAUGGAGGGAACCAUUCAUGUAACAAUAAUUGUAUUUGAUGUUCUCGACCCUUAACACCAUGAGAGUUGUUACCUGUGGCAAAAUGUGAGAGAUGAGAUCAUUACAAAACUGCUCAACUAGGAUAAUUCAGCUUCGACACAUGCACAUUGUUAAGCAGUAAUUGACCUAAGUUUAUACGUGACGCUUUCCCUAAGUUGCAAGACUGUAAAUGGCAUAUGCUAUGCUCCCCAUUGUAGCCUACACCGGCGCACAUGAGGCAAGGUGGUUCCUCCAUGUUGGAGCUCUUUUGAGAUUGCCAUCGUUACGGGGUGUUCUUUUGCACCAAUCUAUAAUUAUUCAACUGCCGACAAGUGCAAAACGAGAUCAAGCCUAGCAGGUCAGAAAGCCUGAUACCUUUAUUGGAUUCAAUUCUGUAACCAAAAUGUACUAUUUAUGAUAUGACAGUACUUUUCUUUAACUUCAGGAAAACAAAAAAAAGUUAUUCAAAACUUAAGAACUACCUCGGAAAGAGUACUUUGUCAGUAUGUGUAUGGCGACGCAGACUGAUGAGCUGGUGUAAGAAGGAAACAAAAAUUGAUAUCUUAAAGCAAUUAGGGCUGAUCACUGUUAUGCACCUGUUCCUUUUUUGUUGUAGUCUCAUGAAGUGAUUGAUUGGACUUAAGCCGCGACCCGAAGUUUUGGCCAUAACCCACACAUCUGUAGAAGCUACUGGCUCACUGUUACAGCUAGUGCUGAAGACUUCAGUUAAAUGCUUCAUUCAGGAUGUUGACAUAAAUUGUGAUCAAUGUGGACACUGCUGGUUCUAUCGCUUGAGUACCAUGACAAACCGCCAUUUUCCAACAUAAUCUCUUUUGAAAUGUAGCAUCAUAGAGCUGUUGGUAGCAUGCCGUGGCAAGUACAGUUUUUUUCUGAAACAAAAAUAGCAAAAUUUGAAAAACACACUUCAUUCAGGAACGUUUGCCUUGAAAACAAUUAUUAACAAGUUUGAGUGGUCCAUUGAUGAAUUAGUGAUAGUGAAAUUUUGUUUGCUUGGUGAAUCAGUUUUAUAUCGAUCAGUCAAGUAAUCCACGAAUCCUAGAACUGUUUGUUGGUUUAUUCAAGUUUCCAAGUGGUGCCGACUGCACGUUUCCAAAACUCCCUUCACUGAGAUAAAACCGUGAAACAGGUGCGAUCUAUUUAAAUCGUCUUCGUGUUUAUUCACAAUAGAACAGGUAAAAGACAGUACUUUAUUAUUUAAUUAUUUAGACGCCUGCGAACAUAUUGACUGCUUAAAUGGUACUGUUUAAUGCUACGGGUUAUUUGUUUUGUAUUUUGACUUUCCCCGUGAUUUAAUCGUGGACGGCCAUGACAGAUUUUAGCUGCACGAGAAAAACGUUUUUUAAAGAAAUACAGUUCUGAGUAUAUAGCUUUUGAAUCCUUACAAGAAACAGUACUGCUCAUCAAAUACCCCCUCUGAGGAGAGUAGCUUAGCAACAAAAGUAUGGAUCAAAAACAAAUUGUAAUCGGCAAAAAGGAUGAAGGGGAGGGCGCCCUUCACGUGCCGGUUUAUUUUAGUCGUUUUUCCCAUUGCUAGGACCCCCCCCCCCAUUUUCCCUUUUUUGCUUUCCCUCAACUUUUUAAGGUCUUGUGUAUGUGAGUCUUGUUCGGUGUACUGUUUUAUACGUCGUGCAGUUUGCCAUUUUUACCUCUUUAGCCCGCUUAUCUGCUGUCGGUCCUAUUCAAGUUUCCCUUUUCAAUUCUGAAAUUCAAACUUUGUAGCAGAGUAACCACGACGAGGUCAGUUCCCAGACUUGUGAAAGUUUUGUUCACGUGCAUCCUCGCCUGGUGCCAGCCCACUACUCAUGAGGAAAAAUAUUUCGAACGCGUACUUCACCGGUGAAAGUUGAUGUUGUUCCUUUUCUUUAUUCGUUGCCAGUGGCGUAACGAGGGGGGCAUGGAGGGAAGGCCUGCCCCCCCCCACACACUUCCAUGCCUGUGCCCCAUGUGUGCCCCGACCCUCUUGCUCUGAAAUUAGAGGGGGGGAGGGAAUCUGGUGAUAGACUUGGUCAGUGUUUUUAACUGUGACCAACCCAUAAAGUGCUCCCUACAGAGAAUGAGAACCCAGGUGCUCCCCCUACAAAAUGUACCCUUUACGUCACUGUUGGUUGUAUAAAAGUAAUUGCUGCACGAUUCCUCAAAGAAUGAUUGUUGUUUCAGUGAAGCCAAUACCUUUUCGGCAGUUGUGAACAAAGGACAUUAUGAAAAAAAUGUGUGGCAUUUGCGAUUUCAUUGAUGUCAUUUGAAGAGUUGCAAACAUCCUAAGUGACAUUAAAAGGAGUUAAACGUCGGCAUCCUGUUUGAAAAUUGCCAUCAACGGGUCUACCGAACCAUGAGUUACCAAUUGGUUCUUCAGAAGAAUGAUUACCGGCAUUUCAAUGUUGACGUGGAUUAUAAUCUUUCAAAUUGUUGCUUGGUCAAAGAUGUGAUGCAACAGUAGCACUUGAUAUCAUUUCCCCAGCAAUUACCUUUUCCAAACCAACGAUGGUGCAUACCUUAUGUUGUGGUGGUUGUGGUGCUUUGUCACAUCCGAUGUCUGUUCCCCUAGUGGUUUCUCUUCUUCUCAAUGAGUUUAAAAGCUAAAACAUUCCAAAAUGUCAAAGAAAAAGACAGUGGACUUCUAUGUGGACGCGUACAGUGUGUACGUGCUUUUGCUAUAGACCGUAUAUAGCCGUAUGCAGUGUAUUCAUUAUAUGUGGAAUAAAAAAAGGAAAUACGCAUCA